AUGGAAGGAAGUCAUAACGCAGAAAAUAUAGCCAGUAUGUUGGAUGCUACUCUCUCAAAAUGGGAUAUCAGGUCAAAAUGUGAAGCAAUAACGACUGAUAACGCUCAAACAAUGAUUAACGCCGCAGCCAAACUGCAUAUACGACAUAUACCCUGCUUUGCGCACACACUAAACCUGACGGUAAGUGAUUCGUUUGCUGUGACCUGCUUAGACCAGAUUCUGAAAAAAUGUAAAUCGAUUGUGACUUUUUUCAAGAUGAGUACUCUAGCUAGCGAUAAAUUACGGGCUAUUCAACGUGAAUUAAAUAAACCAGAACUGAAAGUGAUCCAGGAAGUACCCACCCGCUGGAACAGUGCAUACCACAUGCUGCAAAGAAUUGUUACAAUGAAGACAGAAUUAACUCUCGCACUUAAUGAAUGUAAUCGGGCUCCACCAGGAGUCAAUGCUGACGAAUACCUAAUUAUUCAAGAAACAAUUCAAAUUCUGGAACCUUUCGAUCUAGCUACAACAAAAAUUUCCGGAGAAAGCUAUAUAACAUUGUCACUGAUAAUACCAUUGAUUCGUGGAAUAAAAACGAAAUUAGUAGAAGUUGAAUCUCAAAUUGUUACUGAAAGCGGAAACAAAAUAUUACUCUGCAUGAAGGGAUCAGUUGACAAAAGACUAAGUCCCUAUGAAAGCAGGACACCUGUUGUACUUGCUACAAUAUUGGACCCCAGAUUUAAGAAGAAGGGGUUCAAAACAAGUGACGACGAGAAGCGAGCUGGUCAGUGGCUGGAAAAGGCCUAUGCUAGCCAUUUAACUAAAGAACGCUUGGCUGUAGAAGAAACGCAACCAACACCAUCCACGUCUUCAGGAACAUCUAAUGACCUGUUGGGAUUUCUAGACGUUCCGGACGUAUCGACCCCGUUGAGUAACUCAUUGGUAGAUGUCAGGCAAUAUCUCGAGAAGCCAGUAAUUGACAGAAAAGAGUGUCCUAUAACAUACUGGAAAUACACCAACAAUAAAUUGAAGGAAUUAGCGAUGCUCUAUCUCUGUAUUCCAGCAUCUUCUGUGCCUUCAGAACGAAUAUUUUCGAAGGCCGGACAAAUUUUAACCGAACGCAGAAAUAGGUUAAAAGAAAAAAGAUUAAAUGAAUUGUUGUUUAUAAAACAAAAUAGCUUACACCACACACAUCAUACCACUGUACGGCACUACAACACACCACACACAUCACACCAUUGCACGGCACUACAACACACCACACACAUCACACCAUUGCACGGCACUACAACACACCACACAUCACAUCACUUGCACGGCACUACAACACACCACACACAUCACACCAUUGCACGGCACUACAACACACCACACACAUCACACCACUGCACGGCACUACAACACACCACACACAUCACACCAUUGCACGGCACUACAACACACACACACAUCACACCACUGCACGGCACUACAACACACCACACACAUCACACCGCUGCACGGCACUACAACACACCACACACAUCACACCACUGCACGGCACUACAACACACCACACACAUCACACCACUGCACGGCACUACAACACACCACACACAUCACACCACUGCACGGCACUACAACACACCACACACAUCACACCGCUGCACGGCACUACAACACACCACACACAUCACACCACUGCACGGCACUACAACACACCACACACAUCACACCACUGCACGGCUCUACAACACACCACACACAUCACACCAUUGCACGGCACUACAACACACCACACACAUCACACCACUGCACGGCACUACAACACACCACACACAUCACACCACUGCACGGCACUACAACACACCACACACAUCACACCGCUGCACGGCACUACAACACACCACACACAUCACACCACUGCACGGCACUACAACACACCACACACAUCACACCACUGCACGGCACUACAACACACCACACACAUCACACCGCUGCACGGCCUUUACAACACACACACACACAUCACACCACUGCACGGCACUACAACACACCACACACAUCACACCACUGCACGGCACUACAACACACCACACAUCACACCACUGCACGGCACUACAACACACCACACACAUCACACCACUGCACGGCACUACAACACAUCACACACAUCACACCACUGCACGGCACUACAACACACCACACACAUCACACCACUGCACGGCACUACAACACACCACACACAUCACACCACUGCACGGCACUACAACACACCACACACAUCACACCACUGCACGGCACUACAACACACCACACACAUCACACCAUUGCACGGCACUACAACACACCACACACAUCACACCACUGCACGGCACUACAACACACCACACACAUCACACCACUGCACGGCACUACAACACACCACACACAUCACACCACUGCACGGCACUACAACACACCACACACAUCACACCACUGCACGGCACUACAACACACCACACACAUCACACCAUUGCACGGCACUACAACACACCACACACAUCACACCACUGCACGGCACUACAACACACUACACACAUCACACCACUGCACGGCACUACAACACACCACACACAUCACACCGCUGCACGGCACUACAACACACCACACAUCACAUCACUGCACGGCACUACAACACACCACACACAUCACACCAUUGCACGGCACUACAACACACCACACACAUCACACCACUGCACGGCACUACAACACACCACACACAUCACACCACUGCACGGCACUACAACACACUACACACAUCACACCGCUGCACGGCACUACAACACACCACACACAUCACACCACUGCACGGCACUACAACACACCACACACAUCACACCAUUGCACGGCACUACAACACACCACACACAUCACACCACUGCACGGCACUACAACACACCACACACAUCACACCGCUGCACGGCACUACAACACACCACACACAUCACACCACUGCACGGCACUACAACACACCACACACAUCACACCACUGCACGGCACUACAACACACCACACACAUCACACCACUGCACGGCACUACAACACACCACACACAUCACACCACUGCACGGCACUACAACACACCACACACAUCACACCACUGCACGGCACUACAACACACCACACACAUCACACCACUGCACGGCACUACAACACACCACACACAUCACACCACUGCACGGCACUACAACACACCACACACAUCACACCGCUGCACGGCACUACAACACACCACACACAUCACACCACUGCACGGCACUACAACACACCACACACAUCACACCACUGCACGGCACUACAACACACCACACACAUCACACCACUGCACGGCACUACAACACACCACACACAUCACACCACUGCACGGCACUACAACACACCACACACAUCACACCACUGCACGGCACUACAACACACCACACACAUCACACCACUGCACGGCACUACAACACACCACACACAUCACACCACUGCACGGCACUACAACACACCACACACAUCACACCACUGCACGGCACUACAACACACCACACACAUCACACCACUGCACGGCACUACAACACACCACACACAUCACACCACUGCACGGCACUACAACACACCACACACAUCACACCACUGCACGGCACUACAACACACCACACACAUCACACCACUGCACGGCACUACAACACACCACACACAUCACACCACUGCACGGCACUACAACACACCACACACAUCACACCACUGCACGGCACUACAACACACCACACACAUCACACCACUGCACGGCACUACAACACACCACACACAUCACACCACUGCACGGCACUACAACACACCACACACAUCACACCACUGCACGGCACUACAACACAUCACACACAUCACACCACUGCACGGCACUACAACACACCACACAUCACACCACUGCACGGCACUACAACACACCACACACAUCACACCGCUGCACGGCACUACAACACACCACACACAUCACACCACUGCACGGCACUACAACACACCAACACAUCACACCACUGCACGGCACUACAACACACCACACACAUCACACCGCUGCACGGCACUACAACACACCACACACAUCACACCACUGCACGGCACUACAACACACCACACACAUCACACCACUGCACGGCACUACAACGCACAAAACACACACACCACUGCACGGCACUACAACACACCACACACAUCACACCACUGCACGGCACUACAACACACCACACACAUCACACCACUGCACGGCACUACAACACACAACACACAUCACACCACUGCACGGCACUACAACACACCACACACAUCACACCACUGCACGGCACUACAACACACCACACACAUCACACCACUGCACGGCACUACAACACACCACACACAUCACACCACUGCACGGCACUACAACACACCACACACAUCACACCACUGCACGGCACUACAACACACCACACACAUCACACCACUGCACGGCACUACAACACACCACACACAUCACACCACUGCACGGCACUACAACACACCACACACAUCACACCACUGCACGGCACUACAACACACCACACACAUCACACCACUGCACGGCACUACAACACACCACACACAUCACACCACUGCACGGCACUACAACACACCACACACAUCACACCACUGCACGGCACUACAACACACCACACACAUCACACCACUGCACGGCACUACAACACACCACACACAUCACACCACUGCACGGCACUACAACACACCACACACAUCACACCACUGCACGGCACUACAACACACCACACACAUCACACCACUGCACGGCACUACAACACACCACACACAUCACACCACUGCACGGCACUACAACACACCACACACAUCACACCACUGCACGGCACUACAACACACCACACACAUCACACCACUGCACGGCACUACAACACACCACACACAUCACACCACUGCACGGCACUACAACACACCACACACAUCACACCACUGCACGGCACUACAACACACCACACACAUCACACCACUGCACGGCACUACAACACACCACACACAUCACACCACUGCACGGCACUACAACACACCACACACAUCACACCACUGCACGGCACUACAAUACACCACACACAUCACACCACUCCACGGCACUACAAUACACACACACACAUCACACCAUUGCACGGCACUACAACACACCACACACAUCACACCACUGCACGGCACUACAACACACCACACACAUCACACCACUGCACGGCACUACAACACACCACACACAUCACACCACUGCACGGCACUACAACACACAACACACAUCACACCACUGCACGGCACUACAACACACCACACACAUCACACCACUGCACGGCACUACAACACACCACACACAUCACACCACUGCACGGCACUACAACACACCACACACAUCACAUCACUGCACGGCACUACAACACACCACACACAUCCCACACCAUUGCACGGCACUACAACACACCACACACAUCACACCAUUGCACGGCACUACAACACACCACACACAUCACACCACUGCACGGCACUACAAUACACCACACACACACCACGACACGGCACUACAACGCACUAAACACUACACCAUUGCACGACAGUACAACACAUCACAUCAUACCUUUGCACGACACGAAAUCGUGGAUGUUACCAUUCGUUUUCAGUAUUGUAGAGCAAAUAAUGAGAAAAAUAAUGUUUUCAGGCACCCUGCGCGUGCGCAGCGUAGACAUCUACGACCCCGGCGCGGACGCGUGGGCGCCCGGGCCGCCGCUGUGCGCGCGCCGCUCUACGCUCGGCGUCGCCGUCGUCGGCAACGUCAUCUACGCGGUGGGCGGGUUCGACGGUGCGUCGGGUCUGUCCUCGGCGGAGGCGAUGGACGCACGCGAGGGCGUUUGGCGGCCCAUCGCCAGCAUGAGCACGCGGCGCUCGAGCGUGGGCGUGGGCGUGCUGGGCGGCCGACUGUACGCCGUGGGCGGGUACGACGGUGCCGCGCGCGCCUGCCUGCACACGGUGGAGCGCUACGAGCCCGCGGCGGACGCGUGGCAGCCCGUGGCCGAGAUGGGCGCGCGGCGCUCGGGCUGUGGCGUGGGCGUGGCGGAGGGCGCGCUGUACGCGGUGGGUGGCCACGACGGGCCCACGGUGCGGCGCUCGGUGGAGCGCUUCCGCGAGGGCGCGGGCUGGGCGCCGGCGCCGCCCAUGGCCAGCGCGCGCCGGACCGCCGGCGUGGUGCAGCACGCCGCGCGCCUCUACGUGGUGGGCGGAGAUGACGGCGCCGCCAAUCUCGCCACCGUUGAGGUAUUCGAUCCGGCGACGGAGAGCUGGACGACGCUGAGCGGCGGCAUGUCGGUGGCGCGCUCGUAUGCGGGCGUGGCCGUGCUGGACGAGCCGGCGUGA